GUGGACAGUACAGCUGCAGCUGAGGUGAAAGAGGGACAGAGGCUGACACGGACAGACACAGGGGCCAGCAAUCAGUGAGCGUCCCAGUGCUGGUGAACACAUGUGCCAGGUGGACAGAGUAAAGCAGGGCAGUGCAGGUCACAUACAGGGCUGAUUUCUCUUUUCUCUCUCUCUCUCUCUCUAAAGACUCUCUAAAGGUGUGUGGGACGAUGAUUGAACUGGGGAUGCCGGCCGGGAGUCUGAUCGACGAGCUGAUGGAGCUCACUGCCCAGAGCCUCAGCCACCUGGAGAUCAAGGAGCACUUCAACAUCAUCAAGGAGAUUGGCCGCGGAAAGUACGGCAAAGUGCUGCUGGUCACACAUCGCUUCAGGGGGACACCGAUGGCACUCAAAGUGAUGCCCAAAGCUUCGACCAAGCUGCAGGGCUUCCUGCGCGAGUACUGCAUCUCCCUGCACCUGUCACGCCACCCGUGCAUCGUGGGACUCUUCGGAAUCGCCUUCCAGUCCAAAGAGCACUAUGGCUUUGCCCAAGAGCUGGUGAUUGGCCGGGACUUGUUUGCGGUUAUCAAGCCAAGGGUGGGUAUUCCGGAGUGUGCAGCGAAGCGCGUCGCCGAGCAGGUGGCCAGCGCACUGGAAUUCAUCCACGACCACGGCCUGGUCCACCGCGACAUCAAGCCCGAGAACGUCCUGCUGCUCGACAGCCACUGCCACCAGGUCAAGCUGGCCGACUUCGGGCUCACCCAAAAGAAGGGCACCCUGAUCCGCAUGAUCUCGGGCACCCUGCCCUACAUGGCGCCCGAGUUGUGUGCCAUGGCAGUGGAGGAGGGUGAGACGGAGGCCAAGGCGCCCCCGCUCAGCGUGGAGCCCAGCCUGGACACAUGGGCAUUUGGCGUGCUCGUCUUCUGCAUCCUCACCGGCUUCUUCCCCUGGGACCGCUGCGUGCCAUCUGACGACUUCUACGAGGAGUUCGCAGAUUGGUGCCAGCAGCCGUCCAUCGCAGAUGUCCCGUCCCAGUGGAAGAAGUUCAGCCCCGCCGCCCUGGAGAUGUUUAGCAAGGUGCUAGCCUUGGAUGCCACCCAGAGGUGCUUGGUAAGUGAGGUGAAGGCGUAUGUGGAGAAGGACUGGCUCAAAGCAGGGAGCUCUAAUGGCCUUCCAUGGGCAGACAGCAAGAAGGUCAAUGGCACGAUCAGCCCUAGCUUGGGCAGAAGCAGCCCUGUCCGUGAGGCGUUGGCAUGACGUAAAUCAUAUCAUUCUCAAGGACUUCCCAAGGGUUCUUUUUUAGCAUGCAGUGGAGGGAGGAGGUCGGAGAGUGAGGAUAAAUGAUAAAUUCCUUCAGGACUGUAGGUCAUCUCAACUGGUUGCGGCACUCAUUUUAUGGGGGCCGUUAAAGUGUACACACCUUCCGCUUGCAGCAGAUGGAUAAAGUGUCUGGGAAAGCCCUGAGCCCUGGUGGCCUUCAAGAGCAUGGACCAAGAGCUCUGAUGUCUGAUACCUAGACAUACCAUAUUCCCUCGGAGAGCAUUGCUUUAUGGAGAAGAUCCUGUUCCUUUGUGCUCUGAAUCUUCAACUUUGCACGUCAACUAAAAGCCACAAAAUAUAAUCUUGCUGACUGUAAUGUUAUUGGAACUACACUGACUUAUGUGAGAACCAAGCCAAUAUCAAUAUAACAAUAUAAUUCAAUGUCACUAAAAAUUCAUUAUUUUAAGUUGUUGACAGGUGUCUGUUGCACAAUGAUAUAAACACAUAAUAUUAAUUUUGCACACACAUCUAAUAUAUUGUUUGAAUGUAAGAUUUGUCAGAGUGUA